UCAUAAUUAGCGCCCUCUUGUGACAGAAUAAAUUCAAGAUGGCAGCCUCCAUGCACAUUGCUCGUGUUGCUGCGCCGGUUUUACGGUCGCACUCAAGUUUCUGUCAUCAUGCCCGCGGGAAAAUAACGCAUGGUGUUCGAUUCGCUCGAAGGAGAAAUUAUUGUUCCGGUCAUCGCAUUCCCAAUCCCUCGUCAUCACACUCCUCAUCACACCCAGCUGGACAACCAAGGGAAGGUCCCCCGGGAGUCUUUGAACAGUUUGACUGGAUCGCAGACAAGGCUCCAAGAUUCUCUGUUUGUGGCGACCGGAUUACAAUCCUGAAAGGACCUGCCGAAUAUUUUGAAACACUGAAGGAACGGAUGGAAACCUGCAAGCGACGAGUGGUACUCGCUGCUCUUUAUCUGGGCACAGGACCUCAGGAAGAUGAACUUGUCGCCUCACUUUAUGAGGCAUGUAGGAGGAGCCGCCUCGCCAACCCCUUCCCCCUCGAGGUUCAGAUUCUCCUGGACUGUACGCGAGGUUCCCGAGGGAGGCACAACUCUCGGACCAUGCUACUGCCUCUGCUUCAAGACUUUGAGUCUGAGGUACGGGUGUCUCUGUACCACACCCCGGACCUCAGAGGAACCUUAAAGAAAUUGAUUCCCGAGAGAUAUAACGAGGUUAUCGGAUUGUCCCAUCUUAAAGUUUGUAUCUUUGACGACACGCUGAUUAUUAGUGGAGCUAAUUUGAGUGAUUCCUACUUCACCAAUCGCCAGGACCGUUACGUAAUGCUUGAAGACUGCCCUCACGUGGCAGACUUCUUCCAUGAGCUUGUGUCCGCAGUCAGUUCGUUCUCCUUCCAGCUGAACCCUGAUGACACUUUGACCCUUGACCCAGAGGUCAACAUCCACCCUUACGAAGGGGAUGAAAACAAAUUUAAAGAGAUUGCGAGAGACAGGAUACAGCAGGUCCUAGAUCCAUCCAGAUGGAACCAGACUAGUGGUCAUGUGACCCAAUCCAGACUGACCAAUCAGAGCCAAGAUGCCAGACACAGCCACAGGAAAUCCAAGCGUAGGAAACACAGGAAUCCUGGUGAUGAAAUCGUUGCACGGGAAAACUUGAGAGGAAUGCACAAAGAUGUCACUUUCUCUGUGGAUGAAAGGAACGGUUUAGACCACACUCCGCUUUCUCAAUCAAGCACUCCAAGAUUCUCGUGGGACGAACAAAAGGACGACGCACAAAUGAUUUCCAGUGGUAAAAUGUUAGCUUCCGAGUCCGCAAUUCCGAGCAUCAAAAUGCAAAAUCAACACCAGAGUAGAACUGAAUCAACUAGCUCUAAUGGCAAUGCAAGCCGAACUGAAGUCAGUGACACCCUGAUAUAUCCUCUUGUCCAAAUGGGGUCAUUUGGGGUCAGAGUUGACCAGGAGGUCACGUGUCAGCUCCUCCAGUCUGCUGAGACGGACUCGCAUUGCGCCUUGGCGUCGGGAUACUUUAAUCUGACCAAGGAGUACAUGGAUUUGGUGCUGGGGUCCAAGGCUUCCUACAGUAUCCUGAUGGCAUCUCCAGAGGCCAAUGGUUUCUUUGGUGCCCGAGGUAUCUCUGGCUAUGUACCCACGGCGUACACCUUCAUUGCAAGGAAUUUCUUGAGGAAAGUCGGAUGGCGAAAAGUUGCACACAGAAUCUCCAUGUAUGAAUACUAUCGACAGGGAUGGACAUUUCAUGUCAAAGGCCUGUGGUACUACCUUCGAGAUGAAUCACUACCUUCCCUCACCCUGAUUGGCUCUCCGAAUUUCGGUCAUAGGUCAGUGCAUCGUGAUCUAGAGGCCCAGCUGGCAAUUGUAACGACCAAUCAUCAGCUUCGAAAUCAACUCCAUCAGGAGAGGCAAGAUUUCUUCAAUCAGUCCGAGGUUGUGACCCCGUCGACGUUCAGAAGAAAGGAGCGUAGAGUCCCCCUCUGGGCCAAGAUAUUCACCAUCGUUGCCAGGAACUUCUUCUGAGCGGCAGGGUCUUCUUUUGGGGACGUCCGUGUUGUAUAAUUCCCCACUUGUCGAAUCCCAAGUCAUCCAAUCUCAAGUCAAAAAGUUAGUUAUCACGUUAUCAAAGAUUUCUGGCUUGGAUGCAUGCUGAAAUCAUAUAACAAAAGACUCGAUGGAGGAAUAGCACCACAAUGGGGGGAGGAGUUUGUUUAGGCGGUUUAACCCCCCCCCCCCCCCUCGGGCCCCAAAGGGUGCGUUCGAGCGUGUUACUCUUGCUAUGACGGGGAGCAUACUCUUGCUAACCCGUGGGUCGUACUUCUGCCGUUCGUGCGCUCAGGGCUAUACUCGUGUUAAUGUGAGUAGCACGCUCGAACGCACCCAGAAAGUGGACCAUAAUGCAGAUAAAGUAGCACAUGCCUGCUUAUUCCCCCCCCCCCCCUGACAGCUACCCCCCCCCCCCAUUGUGCCAUAGCUGGAUCCGCCCAUCAUCAGAAGUGAAAUCAAGCCACAAUGUCAUAGAAACUCAGUCACAAAUCAAUCACAAGUCACUCAGUGUCAAGUCCAGUGACCGGCUAUGAAAAUGCACUGUCAUAAAGGUAUUCCUGCAAAGCUGCUGUUACAUUAGUGUUUACAAAAAUAGCACUCAAGAUUUUAUUUAUUUAGACUUAG